AUGUUGGUGUCGUUUGCUUACUUUUUAUCGAUCUCUCCAUUAUUCGCCGCUGACUCAGACGAAUCAACGACGCUUCAACCGAUUCCUUAUAAUGAUAUUGUCCGGCCAGCUUCUGAUGAAUACCCGGACCUUUUGGAAAUUGGCUACAGAAAAUGCUUUAUUGAGGAAUGGAAUAAAGUGUACACAGAAGCUGUUGAAGAGCCGCUUCGCAAUGAAGAAGAAGAAGCCAUAAAUGACGCUUAUCUGGUGUCGGCACCUUCUGUGUUUUCGGCUUUUGCCUUCAACAGUUAUAUUGAAAUCCAAUUAAUAAACGAAUCAUGGAGAGGAAAAAAUGUGACUUGUCACUAUUUUGACUGUCAUCGAACGGAAAUUUCACCGGAUUUUUCGAGUAGAGUCGGCGAAAAUUCGACGGUGAAAUGCGCGAGGCGAAUCGGCGCUGAAUAUGUGACCGUUUCGCGUAGUUACACACCUUUCGAUCAGAAUAAUGUGGUCCCAAUAGUUAAUCGUGUUACGCCAGGUUUAAAGCAUUAUCUCACCGGUUGCGUUUUUCUGAACCAAAAUCGGCGAAGAUUUGCGGACAUUGUUGAAUUGUUGGAGCGGCAUAAAGAACAAGGAUUCUCAUUCUUCCAUAUUUAUGUAUUGAAUAUAACUGAUUACGAUCGAGUCGCUAUUGAUGAUUACAUGAGAACUGGAGAAGCUAAUAUCAUCAAGCUUCAAGCCAACAUUGAGGGGACUGUGGAGAGUUGGAAGCAUGUCUAUAGACAGGAUUGUGUCCUACGCAACAAAAAUUUUACGCAUUUCACUGCGUUUUUGAAAUUGAAAAACUUCAUGGAAAUCGCGAAUUCGGAAUUCGGAACCGUUUCCGAUUAUCUGGAACGCCUAUGGCCUUCAGCGCCGGGUAGGAUUCAGAUCGGAUACCAGACUGUCAAAGAUAAAAGUCCAAUUUUAGAGGAGUUCAAUUCCACGAUGUUUUCGCAAAUUGAGAGCCGCCAGAAGAAUUUGACAAACUUGGAAGCCCCUACGGAGAGCCCGAAGUUUUCGGAAGGAUUCACGAUAUUUCAACCAAAUAGCGAUGAGAAUUUGGUGGCGAUGGACAGAAAUAUUGUGAUAAGGAAAUAUGGAGCGAUCCCGUUAAUGAAAAUUAACAUCACAGCGCCAAAUUAUGAUAGGAAACUUCCAAAAGAGUUUUUCACGCGACUUCGGUAUAUUUAUGAUAUCAAGCCGGUGACGUGCGAUCAGAAGCAGUAUGUCUACUGGUUCCAUGGACAGGAUGCCGAUUGCUGGACGGAUUUGGUCGAGCGCGGAAUUAUUAAUAAAUAUGCGCCUGCCGUUUCGGUCCGGCCGACUGAUCCGAUUCCCGGCAUCCUAACCGCUCCAAUUUGA